AUGGACGCCCCAGAGGAUCGCGAUGUCAAGCUGCAGAAGGUGUCUGGGGGUCUCCUGGCCCAGUUCGACGAGCGUCUGCCCCAGCUAUUGCAGACCGAAGACGGCGAAGGUGGCCGGAGGAGAAGAAGCACCGUCGACAGCUUGAUUAGCCUUAUCGAACCGUUCCAAGAAUCUCCACAGCUGCUUGACCCAUACCUACAGUCCUAUCUCACCCAGCUCACUGAAGUCUUCCUUGCUCAACUACCCAAACAGUCCACUGCCCCCCCGGAAUCGCCCUCGGAGGAGGAGAAGACCAGCUUCAACUCACCGCUAUCACUCCACGAUGGAGUCUCAAAACUGCUGUACACGCUCUGCAAAAUCCGCGGGCCCAAGAUCAUCUCCCGCUUCCUCCCCAACGAGCCCCGUUGGCUGGAGCCAUUGUGUGUCUUUGCUACAGCUGAAACCCCCGAUCGUUCGUGGGAGCUCCGUUAUGUACUUCUAUUAUGGCUCAGCCAUCUACUUCUGACCCCGUUCGACCUCAGCACCAUAUCAGACCCCUCCAUAGCUUCCCCGGCUCUCCCUGAGCAGCUUGAUCUACCAAACCUCCCAUCCCUCUCCCGGCGAUUGUUGGCGCUAGGGAUCACCCAUCUCUCGUCCCCAGGUAAUCGUGAGAGCGACGCCGCAUCACUCCUGCUUGACCGCCUAUGUCUACGCAAAGAUAUGCGCGCCCUUGGGCUUCUGUCCGCACUAGUUACCUGGUGUCUUAAUUCCUUUAAACCAAGUACCGCUGCCACAACUAUGGCUGCCGCCUCAAAUACCCUUUUCAUGAAGACCGCGAUUCUACGUGUUCUUGCUGGUAUCCUUGCACAGGGAGACCGCGAAAUCGUUUCUGAAUUCGCGCCCAGAAUCUUCACACUGGCAAAGAAGCUCGAGGCCGUUGACGGCGAGGAGUGGAAUUCUGCCAAUGUCCGGAGACUGGGGAUGAAGAUUUACCGCUGGGUAGCUAUCCUAUCACUCGCGCCUGAGGGAGAGGAGGAUGGAGAGGAGGGGGGUAAUGUCGUGGAAGAUAUAGUCGAGCGAUUGCUAUCCUGUCUUGGUGACAAAGAUACUGCUGUCCGCUUUGGAGCGUCUAAGUCCCUCGCAGUCAUAUCCCGGAAGCUCCCUCCAGACCUUGCGGGAGAGGUUCUGGAGGCUGUUAUGGGCAUUUACGAGGAAGAUGUCUUCUAUUACCCAGCACACGGCGAAAACAGGCAAAAGAUACUCUCCGCCGUAACAGCAGAGAAGUGGCAUGGUGCAACCCUUACACUAGCAACUUUCCUACGACAGCGUGCUGUAAGAAGCACAGACGUACUCGAGAGAGUUGUGCGGAGCAUCAUUGACUCCCUGCAUUUUGAGCAGCGCCGUGCCACUUUUGCACUGGGCGGGAAUGUCCGCGAUGCAGCUUGUUAUGCUGCGUGGAGCUUGGCAAGGUCAUAUACUACAGACGAGUUGCUUGCCGUGGGUGAUAUCGAUGGGCAUGGGAAUGUGCAGCAGCUCCUGGCCACGGAAUUGGCAGUGGCUGGAUGCCUGGACCCACUCGGAAACAUUCGAAGAGCCGCUUCUGCAGCAUUGCAGGAGCUUAUUGGAAGACAUCCAAAUACUACCAUCGAAGGUAUUCGUGUCGUGCAGGUUGUAGACUACAACGCUGUGGCUUUGCGGAGAAGGAGUGUGAUCACAGUAGCUGAAGAGAUUGCAUCGCUAGCUGCGGGAUACUGGAAUGCAAUCAUGGGCGGUAUCGUUGAGGGGUGGAGAGGUGUAGGUAGCAGCGACCUUGACGGCCGAAAAUUAUCCGGUUUAGGCCUGAGAGAGGUGGUUAUAAUAUCUCUACCCGGUGACGAUGAGGAGGCCCGUGGUUUGAGGGCAAGGAAAGUAUUAAACUCUCUGGUACACAGAAUCAGGACCGAGGGUAAAUCCGAUGUUGAGAUCUGGCACGGAGGCACAUGGGCACUCGCGGAGGUUCUAGAUGGACUCUCGACCCUUACCUCCACUUCGUCCCUCUUUACACCUUCAGAAUCAAAGCUGCUUCUCGAGAACGUAUUCGAGAAGCUUGUUGGGAAAGAAUUCGUCAACCCCAUUCUACGCCCCGAGCUUACUUCCGAAGCUGCAUCCCGCCUCGUCUCAGCCCUCUCUUCUAGCUCCCAUCUGUUUUCACAGCAGGGCGAUAUACCCGCCAAAACACUCCGCCUUUGGACUGCGAUCAUUGAGGCUUCUCUUGAUCGCAAUGAUGACAUUGUUCUUGCCCAGGCCGUCCCCGCCACAAAGUUUCUCUUUGGAAUCUUGUCCCCUAAAAACCGACAAGCGAUCAUAGAGACUUGGUGCCGGCGUGCAUCUUCUACUGGGAAGAAGAGAGGCUAUGUAUUAGCACUAGGUGAGGUCAUAGGGUUUGUAUAUAGCACCGAUACAGCCUUGAAAGAUAAAAUCGUAGGGACUCUUGUUUCCGCAGCUGAGAGGGACGGCGAAGUUGAGUUGCGUGUAGCGGGUGUUAGAGCUCUAGGCUGUGGGGUUAUCGCCAGGGAAGGUCUGAAGAACGAGGCGGUAGCAAAGGUGGUGCUGAAAGCAUUGGAUGACUAUGAGGUUGACUCGCGAGGAGACGUCGGCUCGUGGGCUAGAGCGGAGGGGAUAAAGGCUAUAUUCGAGAACUGGGGCGGAGAAGGGUGGAAUGGUGAUGUCAAAGGAGUGCCUGAGUGGGAGAUUUUGAAGAGGCUUGUUAGACUGAGUGCGGAACGAUUAGAUAGGAUGCGUGCUCGGGCUUGCGAAGCACUGCUUAAGAUCUCUGCCUCUUGGGAGGAGAGUGAGCUAGAGUCGUACCUUGACCGUCCAAAACUGGCAUCCGAUCUUGCAGCAAACUCAAUAUCCUCAAAAGAGUACUUCCAGGGCGUGAUGCCGCUCCUCCAGCACCCACGCCUCAAGGUCGAGUUCCUAAAAGGCUACGUAACAGCCGCCGGCGCAGGCUCCGACUCACUGCUCAAGACCUCCCGCUCUGUACUCCUCGAAUACCUAACCUCAGUCUCAGCCUCCCCAUCAUCGUACGUAUCGACAAUUGUGGAGACAAUGCUGCAAGUUCUCGAAGAGAACACCAGCGACCGCAUAGUAAUCCCCGCACUUGAAGUCAUUGCUGCCGUUCUCGAAAUGAAGCCUCUCGGCACCCCCGGAACAGGCCCCCAGAUCGAGACGACAGAACUGCUGAAACGGCUGUUCGUCAUGGUGCAAAAGAUCCAAUUCAAGUCCGGAAACCCACUCAAACUGUCUGCUGCAGUGAGGGCAUACUCGGGGAUAAUCAUGGCAGCGGAGUCUGAAGAGCUUAGGAAGAAGGUGCUCGUGAAGCUGGUGAGUAUGCUGCUGCACCCGUUUCCAAAGCUGAGGGAGCUGGUUGCGGAGACGCUGUAUAUCCACGGGCACUUUCUGGGCAGCGAGGCGAUCUGGGGUGCGAGUGGGAGAGGGAAGGAGGAGGUGGUGGAGAAGAUCUUGGUGGAUGGGGAUUGGUUGGGGGGUGUUAAGGAGUUGAGGAAGGGGGUCGGGGUUUUGAAGGGUAUUUUGGAAGCGUAG